UCCCUCCUCGCAGGGAGGGUUUCUGGUUGUAGGAGGCGGUCGGUGGCUGUCCGCAGGUCGCCGGGUCGUGGCUACCCGAGUGUACCUCAAAGGAACGGCGCCUCUAGGUGGAGCCCUCUCGCUCUCAGCGGCUUGGGGCACACACAGACCUUCCACCUGCCAGAGCCCUCUGUCACCCCAGAACCUGAACAGUGAUGACGGUUGCCGAGGACAAGACUUACGAGUAUAUCCGCCAUCAUUUCCGCAAUUUUUACCAUAUUCAUGUUCUGGAGAUUCUGCCUUACUUGUCUUGCCUCACAGCAAGUGACCAGGACCUACUGCGGGCCCACUACAAUCUCAAGGGGAACCGGAACACCAUCUGGGAACUCUUCAACAGCCUUCAGCGGCGGAAUGGCUGGGUGGAGUCCCUCAUCCGGGCACUGAGGGCCUGUGAGCUGACUAGUCUCGCUGAUGAAGUGGCCCACGUCUACCAGAGCAACCUACCCUUGAACCAAAGAUGCCCCCCGGCCCUGUUAGAGCCGCUGUCAGCUUCUGCUGAGGCUCCAGGGCCCUCCGCGCCUGCUGUGGCCCCCAGUGCCUCCCACAACAGCUACAGAGACGAGGAGUCAAGUUACCCCAUACCUGUCCAGGACACCCAGUCACCAGCAUCCCUGGGAGAGAGUUCCAGGAAGGGCCCAGAGACACCCAGCCCUGACACUGUCCUGAGGAAGCCCAGUGGCCCCCAGGAGCCUUCCUCUGGCAUGGCAGCCCUCAGUCCUCAGCCCUCCAGUGGGCUGCAGGAGCAGGACACAGUACUGGACAGUACCCACACAGAAGUUUUGCCACCUGCAGGCACGGUCUCCAGCCUGACAUCAUCACCUCAUGGACCUGUCUCUCCGACUGUCUCCUUCCAGCCCCUGGCCCGUUCCACCCCCAGGGCAAGCCGCUUGCCUGGACCUGCAGUGUCAGCUCUGUCUACUGCCGCCCCCUCCUCCUCUGUAGGGGGUGCUGGUGUCCAGGCUGAGGCUACCAUCUGCUCCAGUGGUGUCGGGGUGCCCACCAACUCUAUGACCACCAGCACAGCACCCUCCAAGGUGCCUGUCCACUCAGCGUUUACCAGCACAGUGCCUUCUAACUUACCCACCCUCUCAAAGCCUCCCACUAAUGUGCCCACCAGUCUACCACCAUCCAAACUGCCUGUCAACACAACACGUACUGGCACAGCACCACCCAAGGUGCCUACUGGCUUGGUGCCUGACCACAGGAUGCCCACAAGUCCGGUGCCCAGCAAGGUGCCUGCCAACAAAGCACCCUCCAUCAGGAGCACCAACAGACCUGCAGAGGAGACACCAGUGUCUCCAAUGCCCACAGGUGCCCCUGCUGGAGGCAGCUCAUCGAGUGCAGACAGAAGCUCUGACAGCUGGGACUCAGGGCCAGAGCUGAGCAAACCGGGCAGACUGUCUUCCCAGGACAGCCAGCCGUUCUCCGGCUGCUCCGAGGACCUUGCCAUUAGCUGCGACUCCUCGGGCCCAAAAUCUAAGAAUGCCCCAGAGGAGAACGAGUACAGUUCGGUGAAUGGCCUGAGCAUCCACGUGGCUGAAGGUCCCAGUGUUGACCUCAUGGCGGGCAACCCUGGGCUGCAUGCUGUCCCCCUGCACAGGGCAGAGGAGCAGGAGGAGACCCAGCUUGUUGGGACACCAGUGCCACGGGUUCCAUGGGCUCCAUGGGCUCCAUUGCUCGGGGCGGCUGCUGCUGGGGCGCUCCUGGCCACGCUGCUGGCUGUGCUGUACCGGCGGCGCCUGCUCCAGUGAGGCCCCUCUGCCCUCCCUGCCGUGUAUCUGCUCCCUUCCCCUCAGUACAUUUGGCCUGAGGCACUGGAGCUGGUCCCAUCCAACUUGCCCCUUUCUUGGGACUGGCAGAGGCUGGAUCAGAGGGGACCCAGGCCUGCAGCUGUGUGUGGAGGCUGGGUCAUUGCCAACUGAGUCCUGGGAGGCAACAUUUCUGUCACAGCUGGUGCGCCCUGCAGCUCCCUUACCAUCCUCAGCUUUCUGGGCCCAGGGCUGCCCCAUUUCUCCAGACCUGCCACCUGGCAAUCGGGGUUGUUGCCCUUGUCCUCUGGAGGAGGUGCCUCCAUCCAGGCCUUAUUUGGGAGGUGUCAGGUGUCGGGAGGUGUCGCUGAAGGGUGGGGGGGCGAAGGGGGAAAUUGGCAACACCCAGUCCCAGCCCCACCCCCACCCCAGUCCUGCCCUGGUCCCUGGCCGCUGACAGCAGAUAUCCAGGAAGAGGGAUCCACAAGACCUCACUCCCAGCCCCCAGCAGCCCAGCCUGAGGCCUUUGCCCCUGAGAGCACCCUAGAGAACACUAGAGCUUCUGUCCUCCACUCAUGCCAGGCAAGGGUGGGGAAAAGGUCUGGAGGUUCCUGUGGAUCCCUGGGAAGCCUGAGACAGCUGCUAGGCCUGAGGACACCCUCUGAAGCCCCUUUCCAGUUUCCUCACCCCCCUUUCUCCUCUUUCCCUUCCUCCUGGUCCCCAUCCCCAUGUGGAGUGGGGAGGGGCCCUUUGGCUAGGGGAGGGGACCUUCUGGGCAGAGCUCAGGUCAAAAGUUUGGACUUCAGCUUCACCCCUUCCUGGGCUGUAUGGCCUGGGCACAUGCUCUGACAUCUCUGGUCUUGCCUCCCCACAUGGACUGUGUCGUGGCUCAUCCUUCUCUGGGUUCUAAUGAGAUGGAAGUGUACACGUGUGUGUCAAGUGCCUGCCUGGCCCAGAGCAGGUGGCCACUAAAUGCUUCUCCCACCUCUCCCCUGCCCACCUUAGUAGAGACGACGGCAGGAGAGGCAGAGUGCCAGUUGGUAAGGGUGCAACUGCAGCGUAGGGUAGCCUGGGCCGAGUGCUGCUCUGCCUCUCAUCACUGUGCUCUUGGGCAAGGUGUUAACCUCUGUGCGUCUGUUUUCUUAGCUGCGAAAGGGGGAUG